AUGUUGGCCUCAGAUAGCACAGUGAGAACUCCAAGAAGGGCUCAGUCGUCGCUCUCUAAUCCGUCCUCGGACCCAAUGGAGUCUACGAGGAAAAGGCAGAGCAAAAAAGACGACCAGAUUCGUAAGAAAAUUGAGCACGAUCUGAGAAAAAAGAACAAUGUUAGUAUGGUUUCGAACCUAGGCUCGCCACAAAAGCGUUCCAAGGGUAGUUCGGGUGCAGCAGGUACAGUGAUGUCCCUGAAACCCUCAGAGGCAGUGAUUUGCAAACCCACAAACACCGUCUACGAGGCAGCACAGCUCAUGUCUGUCACCAAGGAAAACUGUGUUUUGGUGGUUGACGAUGAGGGCCUACUUUCAGGUAUCUUCACCGCAAAGGAUCUAGCAUUUAGAAUUGUUGGAUCGAAUUUGAAUGCAAACCAGACCACUAUCGAUCAGAUCAUGACCCCUAAUCCAAUGUGUGCUAAGGUCUCUACUUUAGCCUCUGACGCGCUCUCUCUCAUGGUCAACAAGGGGUUCAGACAUCUCCCUGUGGUCAACGAGGGCAAUCAGAUAGUGGGUGUUUUGGAUAUCACCAAGUGUUAUAAUGAAGCAAUGACCAAGCUUGAGAGGAUGUAUGAGAGCUCAAAAAGGCUGUACGAUGCUAUGGAAGGUGUCACAGAAGAGCUCGGACCAGCUAGCCAGCCUCUCCAUGUUAUAAAGUAUUUUGAGAACUUGAAGAACCUAGUGAGCGGUCCAACUUUGAACUCUGUUCUCUCGGAAAGAACUAUUCCUGUGUGCUGCGACAUCAAAACGACAGUUUACGAAGCUGCAAUUCUAAUGAGAGACAACAAGACCACAGCAGUUUUGGUCAAAGAUUCCAAAAAUAACGACGAGGUGACGGGCAUCUUUACAUCAAAGGAUAUUGUUCUCAGAGUGAUUGCUGCUGGUAUCGAUCCAAGAACUUGCUCCGUGAUCCGUGUGAUGACUCCUAAGCCUUCUUAUGCCUUGGCUAGUAGCUCCAUUCACCAAGCUCUCAGACAAAUGUUUGAAGGUCGUUAUUUGAAUCUUCCAGUUGUGGAUGACGAUAACAGUGAAAUCGUGGGUGUCGUGGAUGUUCUGAAACUCACUUAUCACACUCUGAACCAGCUGCAGUCCAUCCAAAUGAUCCACAAUGGGGAUUCUGAUGCCAAGUCAAAUGAGGAAAAAGAGGGUCCAGCUUGGAACAAAUUCUGGACGUCGUUGGACAACGACACCACCUCCCUGCAUUCGGCCUCGCUUGCUGACGUGACCCAAUCUGAAUUGGCUCAAUUCAAUGUCUCCACAAACGACGCUGUGAAGCCAUCGGAUUCAAUUUCGUUUUCGGGAGCUCCAGAGACCUCGUCGUCAGCCUUGAAAGCUCCACAGGUGGAAGUUGACUUUGACGAACCGGUCUUUUUCAAAUUCAAGUCUCCGCAGGGAAGAACCCACAGAAUCAGUUGCAAGCCUAGCGAGGGUAUUCAGUCUUUAAGGGAAUUAAUUGAGUCUAAGCUUUCCAGACAGGAGAUCAGAACUCUUCUGACUCCCCCAGAAGAUACUGAAACUGGCCAAGUGUUCGAGCCUGCAGAGCAGUUUGCCAUUUCCUAUGUCGACGAUGAGAAUGAUUUGGUUGCUAUAACAUCGGAUCAGGACCUGAAAGACUGCAUUGUCGUGUUGACUAGCUUAAACAAAGAUAAGAUCAACUUGAUUGUCCACCACCCCGACCAGAACGUGGAUGUGGCUUCUAUUCUCAAUUCUGCCAAGGCUUCUAGCCCAAGCACAGGUCUGCCAAACGACACUAUCCGCGAACUGAUUUUGCCUGGCGUACUAUUUGCUCUUGCAGCCUCAGUGGUGGUGGCCUUUACUAUUUCUCGGAAAUGA